CUGGAUGGAAUGAAUUGGUGUGAAUCAAGCUUUACGUACAAACAUAUUUGCAUAUUUGUGUGAAUUAAGCUUUACCUACACAUGCUAGUCAUCAAAUAGUGUUAGGUUAUAGCAGAUCUCUUUGAGAUUUUGGAGUUCGGUAAUGAAAAAAAAAUAUGAGUGAACGUGCCUGUGGUAUCGUUACAAAUGGCCAUCAUACUGAUAUCGUUUUAAAAUCCUACAGCAAUCGAACUCUGCUAAUCGUAACCCACUUUAAGAAGCUUGGUACAUGGUUGACAAUAAAUCGUGAAUCCGCUGUGAACGGUUUCAGUAGCGAUGUAUUCACAAUAAAGACAGUCUUUGGCAGUGACAAUAACGACGUUCAUAUAGCCGCCAGAUAUAUAGCACAACAAAUUAAUAUAGAGAAACCAUUACUACUGUCUAUAGCACUAAAAGAGUAUAACCUAGAAACUCUGAAAUCCAUUGUCACUGCUGUGAAUCAAAUAAAACCAUGGUAAUAUAACACCAAUUAAAUCACCAUGAGUUUAAUUUUUGGUCAACUUGUUAUCGGCCCACCUGGUAGUGGGAAAACAACUUAUUGCAAUGCAAUGUCCAAAUUUUUAGAAUCCAUUGGAAGAAAAGUGGCAGUUAUUAAUAUUGAUCCUGCAAACGAAAACAUGGAAUAUACUCCAGCAGCAGAUAUAUGUGAAUUAAUUAAACAUGAAGAAGUCAUGACGCACCUUAAACUUGGACCAAAUGGAGCCUUAGUUUACUGCAUGGAAUUCUUAGAAACCAACAUCAAAUGGCUUAUUACAAAAAUUUUAAAUUUAAAAGAUCACUACCUUAUCUUUGAUUGUCCUGGUCAAGUUGAGUUAUACACGCAUCAUAAGUCAGUGAGUCAGAUAGCGGAAAAAUUAAACCAGAAUUUAGUGAGAUUAUGCAGUGUGCAUCUUGUGGAUUCGCAUCACUGUAGUGAUCCUGGAAAAUACCUGUCUUCUCUAAUUCUUUGCACUACAGUGAUGUUACAAAUAGGUUUGCCUCAUGUAAAUAUUAUGACAAAGUUUGAUGAAAUGAAAAAGUUCAGCGAUCGCUUAGCAUUUAAUAUAGAUUUUUACACCGAAGUACUGGAUUUAAAGUAUCUUUUGGAACAACUGGAUGAAAAUCGCUUUACUGCAAAGUACAAAAAACUUAAUACUGCACUAGUAUCAAUAAUCGAAGACUAUAGUCUUGUUAGUUUUAUACCAUUAGACAUUACCAACAAAGCAUUAUUGCUAAAAGUAAAGAAUGCAGUGGAUAAGGCUAAUGGAUAUGUUUUCGGUGGUAAUGAGCCACAAGACGUACAAACGUUACUCGCGUGUGCGAUAGGGACAGUUAGUGAAACUGAAAGAAUGUCAACAUUGGAUGAAUAUUUAUGAGCAUUCUCAUUUUAAAGUAACUCUAACAUAUAUUCUCAUAUUACAUUCAUUUUUAUGUAAGAAUAUAUCUUGCUGUAAUUUUUAUAAGUAAUAAAUACCAUGUAAUUGAUAAAA